CCAUGCCUGGAAGGAUUUGGCUGUGCUGAUUCUGCUGGGGCUGAAAAGGUAUUGCUCACCUGCCCCUCCCUCCCCUCUGACUCAAGUCAAAACAUGUAACACAGUUUCUUUGGCACCGCCAGAGCAAGUCAGUGCCUGGAAGAGGGAAGCAGCCAACAAGUCGGAAGUGUUUAGAAAAAAAUCCAGCAGCAGCAGCCACUUGGAUAUCAGAACAGUGGGACAAACCUGGCGUAACUUCCUCUUGCUGAUAUUCCCCCAGAUACCAAGUAUUCUGAAUCAGGGAUCCAACGCAGCAGCAGGAGACAUUACGGCACUUACCAGGGGUGAUCAUACAGCCUCCCUCCAGCAUCCAGAGCUUGGCCAUGAAGAGUAAGAGUAAGGAUGAGACCAGUGACACAGACAGUGGGAUCAUAGUGCAGUCAGGGCCAGACAGCCCCAUGUCUCCAAUGAAGGACCUGACCCAAGCUAUGAGGAAACAGCAGAAGGCACUCGAGGAGCGGCUAGAGGCCUGUGUACAGGAACUGAGAAGGCUGUGUUUGCGUGAAGCGGAACUGACAGGACUGCUUCCCCCAGAGUAUCCUCUGAAACCAGGAGAUGCCCCCCCCAAAGUCCGACGUCGAAUUGGGGCUGCUUUCAGAUUGGAUGAUAAGGCCUUUCUCUCCAGAGGAGUGGAUCCUCUGAGCACACUGGAGAGAGAUCUAGCUCUGCAGCUGCAAAUUGCUGAAGCGGCACGAUGUCUCUCCCGGGAAGAGAAUCUUACCAAGCAAGUUCGGAAGCGCCGGAAAAGUGCUGUGCUGAAGGAGGAAAAGAAGCUGAAGGAGUUGGAGCAGUCUCUCACUGAGUGUCGCCAGGCAGCUAGGCACUCAUCACAGCUAAGGGCCAGUGCUCCAACCUUACAAGGGUUCAGUGCUUAUGAUGAAAGCUCCCUGUCCGAUGCUGCUCUGGGAGAAGAAGAAUCCCAGGUGCUGAGCCCCCAUCUUCCCUCCAUGCUCACAGCUUCAACUCAUCUCCAGCCCCCGCACAGUUCUUCAGCCCAGCCUUCUCAUCCUGUGCUGCUCGAAGGGCAAACCCAAUAUCAAGCCGCUGACAUGGAGUGCUCUCCCAUCCAGAACAGUCCCUGGAAAGAGACCAGUCUGGAUAAACCCUAUGAAAAGCCGAAGAAAUCUGCUGAGCCGAGCAGCAUGCCAAGCAGUCCAGGCCUGAUGUCCCAACCAUCACCCAACUGUUCCACUCAGCGGACUGUUGAGACAUCGUCCUGCUACUUUGUUCCUACUAGGAAGCUGGAAGGAAGGAGACAAGCUGGUUCCAGUGCCCCACCGACACCAGAGUUCCUGGGAAGGAGAGGACAAUCUCAACUCAUGAGAGUGUGUUCAUCCCGGGAAGACUUUGAGUCCCGCGGAAGAAGUGCAUUGCCCAGGCGACGCCCCACCUACUACACCAUCACCGUCCCCGAGUCCUGCUUCUCUGUCCCCAGGCCCAACCCGGCCAUCAAGCCCACCUGUCACUCUGCUUCAGAAGACAGCAAUUCGGAUGUCUCCAGCAUCUCCCACACGACAUCUGCCAGCAGCAGCAGCCCAGACAUCUCCUUCCUAAAGCCACUGCCCUCGAUUCCUGCGGAGGAACCCUUGCAGCCAUUCCCGAAGCAGAUCUGCCAGGGGAAUGAAUCCGAAUGCCACUGUCAGCGUCUCCAGAAGCUGCUGUCACCUCUAGGCUACUUCUGUGCUACGGAAUACGUGUCUGACAGCCUCCCGCCUGCUGGGAGGGAGUUCUGUCACAGCCGGCCACCUUUUCUGUCUGGCAGCGCCGCCCAGUUUGCCUACAAGGAAGUGGUGGUGCCAGUGCGAUUCCACCAGUCAGUCAUUUCCCACAGCAGGGUGGUGCGUACCCCCUCUCUGAAGGACUGUUCCCCAAUAGGCCCUCGAGUCCUCUCCAAGUCAGCUGUGACAGAAGAGCUAAAAUCGUGGCAUGAACGGACUCGGCUGCGCAAUGCGCGGCCACAUUCCCUGGACAGACAAGGGGCUUUUCGCAUGCGCAGUGGACCAGGCAGAGAGCUGCGCUCCGCAGGUUCCAUGGUACAGCAAAUUCAGGUACCUCGCUUCCAUGUCCUAAAACGGUCACCUGAGGGAGCCCCUGUGCAGGUCUAUGUGCCAGAAAAUGGAGAAAUAAUUAGUCAGGUGUAGAGACCGCAUCAUGUCCACCUCCCAGAAUUUGGCGUUGUCAGCAGGCUGGCUGCCUUGACCCGAUUCCAAGUUGGAAAGAGGCUUCUUGCCAAGCCUUGGCAUGUUCAUUGGUCUGCUGAUCCUGUUAUAUUGAAGAGAACAUUUAGGGACUAUUUGCAAGCUAUCGCUCAGCCUUUCCCUUCUAUGAUGAACAGAUGGAAUAGACUAUUGCAACGCACAGUUGGAUUUCUUAUCCUCUACUGAAGACAGAGGACCCCUCAUCAGUAACUAGAGUUUGCUUGUCUGCCUAUUUAUUCAUGUUUGUCUGUGGUGGAAAGAUCUUGGUUGGGAGUUGGUUGUAGGUUAUGAAAACAAGAUUAGCAUCAAGAACUUUUUAUAGUUUUUAGGAAAAGAGCCAAGCCUAACUACAUGAAUUUUCUAUACUCCAUGGAAGUAGAAGCCGUGUGCCUGUAUGUGCCCUCCACAGUGCUACAUCUGGAUCCUCUGCACUCUUCCUUAUUCUUGCAUAAAGUAGUAUGAUGUUGUGAACAGCCGUUGAAGCAAGCAAGCCUCCCCAAGUGUAGUUUAAUGCUCUGCCUUCUUGUAAGCGGCCGUUUUUCAACGCUUGCCAUCUCUUUGGUUCUCUUGCUGCAUCAUAGAUUCCUUAUUUUCAGUUUUAAUGGAAAAUGGUACUAAAAAAGUGGGCCCUUUUUCAAGGGUGAAAUAGGUGGUGCUCUAUUUUUGUAUGUAUCUAAAAUGAAUAACUUCAUGGCAGGGGAGGGGGUUUCUCUUUAUAUAAGCACAACACAGGAGAUUGUUUACUCCUAGGCCCAGAACCUUUUCAGCUUACAUCACUGGAUGCAGCCUUCUACUAGGUCUGUGUAUAUUCAGAAAUAAAAAUUAUGCAGAAAGGCAAGCCAAAUUCUAUGCCACAGAAUUGUUACAAAAUUAUGCAAAUUACUACACUCAGCUAGCACUAGUCAUGGAAAACGGAAAAAGCCUACCUUCAGUUUUAAAAAAGAAAAGCAGAUCCUCAGGAUGCUGCAUUUAUUCUUAAUAGGAAUGUGUCACGCAAUCCUAGAAUGGGCAGACACGCUUUUGUACCCCUCUGAUUAGCCUCUACUUACUGUGUGGCAUUUUCCAAACACCCAUCGGUCUUUAAUACUGGUCUUUGUUUCUGGGGUGGUUUGGGGACUGCCACUAAUUAAACCACUAAUUAUGGAAUCAUGAAGGACAAGUAUGUGUAGUAUCUGCACCACACACUGUUCUGUUCUUGAUAUUAACUCACACUGGAGGGAGAGAAAUUGUGUAUGUGCAUGUGUAGCAGUUGGCCUGGACUCACCUCAAAGCAGUGUUAAAUGUAUUGGAAUAUUUUUAUCUUGAAUGUAUUAUCUUGUGUCCUAAUCCUUGCAAGCCAUCACGUGGGCAUUGCCUCUGUUUAAUUACUCCUUUAGAAACAGUCACAAUCCAUGUUUUGUUGCAUCCCCAAAGUGUUAUAAUUAAGUACAGAAGAGGCAAAGUCAAGUCACAAAGAGAUGGUUCUCAGAAGACAUCUAAAUUCUGCUCAGCCUCUUUGCUUCUGGUUUUUUAACCUCCUAAAUUAGAGUCACUUGCUCAAACCUACAUCAGUAUAUCAAUUCCCCAACAGCUCAAUCUUUGUUCCAUUGAAAGGCAGCCUUUUGAGCUUACAUAUCAUUAAUGGCUUGUUUUUAUUUUUAUUAAAAAUAAUUAUUUUUAGA